AUGGGAGAGGUAAAAGGGGGAGCCGACCCAGCCGCAUGGAGCCCGAGGGGAAGAUGGCCGCCACGCACAGAACGCGCCGCGGCUGUUUCCAGGCUCCUCCCCCGCCAAUGGCCGGGGAGCGCGACCACACACGCGGCCGGCACUCCCUCGCACCAGCGGGGGAUCGGGUCGGCAGAUGAGCGCGGCCGCACACGCGGCCGCGAAGGGAAAGGGAACUGGGGAGCACAGGGGCUGCAGAAUGAACCUCCCCUGCUAGCCGCGAACCCUGUCUGA